GGCACGUGCCUGCCCAUAUAUCCGACGUCUGUGCGUCCUCCGGCGGCAGAGUUCGUGAGGUGCGGGUGGGCAGUCGAUGUUUUUCUUUGCCUAACCGUCGUGGGGUUUGUCAGCUGUCUUGUGAAGCUGUGUUAGAUGACAUGGCAACCUUUUGGAGAGCCUACCAGAGAUUGAUGGUCCGGCACCCCUGGAAGGUGCAAAUCAUCACAGCUGGGGCCCUUGUGGGUGCUGGAGACGUGAUUUCACAGCAGGUGGUUGAAAGAAGAGGGCUCUCUGGGCACAGUUGCCGGCGGACUCUAAAAAUGAUGACCAUUGGUUUUUGCUUUGUGGGCCCUGUGGUUGGAGGCUGGUACCAGGUCCUGGAUCGUCUGGUGAUAGGCAGAACCAAAGCGGCUGCACUCCAGAAGAUGCUGCUGGAUCAGAUUGGAUUUGCACCUUGCUUCCUUGCCUGUUUUUUGACUGUGGCAGGAACACUCAAUGGCUUAUCCGUGGAAGAGAACUGGAACAAGCUCAAGGAGGACUACACUGAUGCCCUGAUCACCAACUAUUAUAUUUGGCCAGCAGUGCAGAUUGCCAACUUCUACUUCAUCCCCUUGAACUACAGACUUGCUGUGGUCCAAUGUGUUGCCAUUAUCUGGAAUUCCUAUCUUUCCUGGAAAGCCAAUCGGCUAUAACCUGGCAUGGGAAGACAUGAGAACUUUCCUUAAUCAUCUUAGAAUGCCUGCACAUUUUCUUUACUCUCUGUUCUUCACUCACUGCAAACAGAUGAACAACCCAGGACAUGAACCAUAUGCUAACCACAAAGAUGCCCAUCAACCAGCGUAUGGAACUGCACAAAGACAUAAUCCUGAAAAAGCCCCAGUUGUUCCCUGAAAAGGAGAGUUGGGCAAAAUAAAUCUCUGCUCUGGAUAGUCUGCUAUUAGCAGUCAAAGAAUCAGACCAGCUACCACAGAUGCCUGAAGGAACUGAAGACAUACUGUGUUGUGGAACACAGGAAGAGGAAAUGCUGCAGUUAUCUAGUUACUUCUCUGUAGAGUGGUAGGGUCUUGUAGGAAAACAGCUACUUUCUGUGAGCUAUGUUUGCUCCCCUUUAGGAAUAUAAGAAGCUGUUUUAUAUCAGCAGGCCAGUUAAAGACUCUGAUGGCUACACUUAACACAAGUAUGCUUGAUUAGUGUUCUCUUUACAGGUAGUCCUUGUUUAGUGACUGCCUCAUACAGCAACCGUUGGCAGUGAUGAAAAAGUAACUUUGCGAC